AUAAACAUAACGACUAAAUGGAUUAGGCAGUGGUUGAAUUUAAUAUUAACCUAUAAAAAUGAAGUUCUUUUCGUGCCUUCUCUUGGUUGCAUUGUUUUGCUUAGCAUUUUCAAAGCCUCAAGACAAAUACACUACCAAGUAUGAUAAUAUCGAUUUAGAUGAAAUUUUAAAAAGUGACCGACUUUUAAGAAAUUAUAUUAAUUGUUUAAUGGAAACAGGAAAAUGUACUCCUGAUGGAUUAGAACUUAAAAAAGUCUUGCCUGGUGCUCUUCAAAACGACUGUGAAAAAUGCAGCGACAAACAAAAAGAAGGUGCCAAAAAAGUCCUAAAGUACUUGGUCAAAAAUAAAAGAGAGUGGUUUGAUGAAGUUAGUAGCAAAUAUGAUACAGAUGGUUUAUAUAAGAAAAGAUACCAAGAGGAAUAUGCACAUGAAGGAAUUGUAUUUUAAAUUAAAGAUGAUUUUAUAUGAUCUGACAAAUUUAGUUUUGUAAACACCAAAGGAUAUACGUAAUAUAAUAAAAAUAUAUAGAGCUUUAUUAUUAUUUUUAAUUAAACAUACGGUAAAUUGAUUAGCUAAAAAAUUAAUACUUUAAUAAUAGUGUUUGUUUUAUGCUAAAAAAGUUAAUAAUUUAUUAUUUUUAGUUUU